GGUGUCAAUCAGAAAUCAAAAAGGCUAUUUAUUUAAGCCUAUUAAAUCAAUCUUAAAUGACAAGAAGUCGGGCAUCAACGAUUAUGAAGGAGCUGAAUCUGCAAGGAUCCUUCUUGAGAGGUUGUUUAAGCAGACACAGAAGCUGGAAGAACAGAUGACUGGCCAAUUUCAUCUUGAUCAAGAUGUUCAGCUUGGGCUUAACCUUCAAGUCCUGGAGUCAGAUCUUCAGGCUGCACUGACAGCUUUGAAGAAAAAAGAAGGCGCCUUGGAAAAGCGGGCAAGAGAGUGGUUGUUAGCACAGGAAGAACUUAAAAAACUUGGUGAAGAAGCUGCAAUACGGGUACAGGAGAGUAAUGAAAGUGAAGAUUUCAAAAGGGUGAAGCUUCUUCUUGAUGCUGUAAGGUCUGAAUUAGUUUCUUCUCAACAAUCACUGGCAUCUUCUAGAAAGAAAAUGGAAGAACAAGACAAGUUGGCGCAACAGCUUGCUGAACUUGCGGAACAAAGGGAAAGUCUCGUUUCAUACACGGAAAGCUUAAAGCUGGCGCAUAUAGAAGUGGAUAGCGAGAGAGUGAAACUCAAGGUUGCAGAGGCAGAGAAAAAAGAAAUUGAACAGGAUUUGGCCAUGGAAAAAGAGUUUGUGAAGGAGUUACAGGAACAAUUGAAGAAAGAGAGAGCUUCCCUAGAGUGGGCAGUUCAAGAUAAGUCAUUGCUUCAAGAGAGAUUGGAUCAAAAUAGUACCGAAUUCAGAGAAACAACUGCCCUUCUUUGCGUAAAGGAGUCGGAGCUCGUGGAUGCUAAGCUAGAAAUCCAACAUUUGAAAUCAGAAAAGGCUUCGCUUCAGGUUACCUUGAAGGAGAAAGACUUGGAACUUUCUAAUGCAAGGAGGAUGUUAGACGAGGUAAACCAGCAAAUUGCUGAUCUAAAGAUGCUUCUGGACAGUAAAGAAACACAACUUGUUCAAGCAACCAAUAUGCUAAGGGAUAAAGAUGAGAACGUGCUGAUUAUACAGAAUGAGUUAAAUAAUACUAAGUUGAAGGCUUCUGAGGCUGAAACUGUGGCAGAGCGAAUCCUUGAACUCACAAAAACACUGGUCAAUUCCAUCAACGUUGAAGAGAACUCUUCGAGAUUACCAGAUUCAGGUGAACCACUGCAACUAUUACUGGAGACAAAUGAUGAAUUCAGGUGGCGUCAAAAGCAGCUCGAGAAAGAGCUCGAAUUGACAAAAGAGAGUUUGAAAACAAAGGAAAUGGAAGUUCUUGCUGCACAGAGAGAUCUAACUAUAAAAGACGAGGAACUCAAAAUGACUCUUGCAAGAUUGGAUGCAAAAGAGCAAGAGCUGAAGAAAGUGAGGGAAGAGCUGAAUGACGAUGCUAAUGACCUGCAACGGCUUUAUGCUUUGGCUCAGGAGAGAAUUGGUGACAAAAGCAUCGGAGACCUGGCUAUUGAGAAGCUUCAGCUUGAGGCAGCACAGCUUGAAGUAGAAGCCGCCACCACUGCUCUCUAUAAACUUGCAGAAAUGAGUGGGCAAGUCUUGAAUAAGGCUGGCCUAAGUCUUGAGGUCGAUAAUCCCAUCCCCGUGUUAACAAAUAACUUUGCUAUCGACGACAUUGAAGCUUUUAGAGAGGUGAAAACGGGAAUUGCUCGACUCUCGGCUUUGACUGAGGAGCUUGCGAGGGAGGCUGGCGUCGUUCCCGUAAACUAGCGUAUGUCGUGGGGGAGUGUUAUUUUGCGUCUCCUGAUCUUCAGUCAAGGUUCAAUGCUGCAUUGUGCCAUAUGUUGUGUAUAUUGUAUCAAAUAAUGUAGAAUACUUUUGUCCAGUUAGAGUCUGUUACCUUUUCAAGAUUUUCAGAGUAGCAUAAUUUCAUUUUUGACA